AUAACCACUUUAAUUUGUUAGCUUAUAUUUCACUAACGUUAAUUAGUUUAAAUAUAACUUGUUUAAAUAGUUGGAAGCUAACGUUAUCAACAACUACUGAAGCGUUUGGUUGUCUAUCGUUGCCUAUUAAGGCAUUGACUUAACUUGUAAGUAAGUUUUUGCCCUAACUUGUAAGUAAGUUUUUGCCCUUAUGUGGAUCUUAAUGCGACGUAACAUGUGUUGAUGGCUAUUUACAAUUAAUUUACGAAAAAAAUAAGAAAUACAAUUUAUUGAAUAGUGCCUUCUGAUAUGGACACAAUAUGAACUUUGUUUAGGGACCAAAGACCAACGUAUGUUGUUAAAUCUUCGGGGCUACUUAAAACAAAAAAAAGUCUGUCUGGUAAUAUAAAAGUUACGCCAAAUUCUCUACUUUCGGGUAGACAAUUGUGUGCCUUUUUUAGCAUGGGGAUUUCCGCUACCCAAAUUUCUCUCAAAACAGCAGUAGGUUAGCCAACAAGAACAAGCAACUGCCGUCACCACGCGGAAAUAGCCACGCUGCUGAGAACCCAGUGGAAAAUCUCUAAUCUUUUAUCUUGAACAAGAAAUGAAGAGAGAGGUGAAUGCUGCGGUGAACUUCCUGAAGCGGCUCGCUUUAGAGCGAGGCCGUGUGGACAAGGUGAAAGCCGAGCUCUUCGGAGAUAAACUCCAAAAGAUGCUGUGUGAGAAAUACACAGACCACUGGUACCCCGACAACCCCAGCAAAGGCCAAGCAUUCAGGUGCAUCAGGAUGAAUGUGGGAUCGCCCUGCGAUGACUGCGUUCAGCGGGCCUGCGAGGAGAGCCAGAUCCGUCCAUCCGAGCUGGGCUUACCCCGUGAGAUCACACUCUGGAUCGACCCCCUGGAGGUGUGCGUACGGUCGGGAGAGAACUGCCGAUAUUUCACCGUGGGCAGUUUCAGCAAGGGCGAGGAGAACGAGGAAGAACAAAGGGUCAAAGGUGACAAAGAUGGCGGCAUGGCCCCCUCAGAUCUCGGAAACCUAGACACCUCAGAUUACCACUCGGCCAGCUCGUCCGACUGCGGGUCCGAGGCCUCCAGCGACGCAGAGGAGGAAGGGAAGGAGAGAGAGAGGAAGCAGGCGGAAAAGAAGGUGAAGGCUGAAGAGAAGGUUGCCGUCACUAUGAGGCCCAGGCUACGUGUGCCACGCAGGAUGCCAAAAUCUCAGCCGGAGGUUCCUGCACUGCAGUACUUCUACCACCCGGCUCCCAUGUGGCCUCAGUACAAAAAGAAGGGUCCCGUGUUCCUGACGACGGUGUGUGGGCCCCCGCCAACCCCCAUGCUGGGCUACUAUAUGCUGCCCAAGCACCCACCCCAGUUCAUCGUGCCUCACGCCGCCCUUCAGCCUUGGGGUGCAGUGAAGGGAUAAGCACCCGACCCAGCCCCCCCCCCCCCCCCAGUCCUCCCACUCGUAACCCAGGACCUGGUAUUUUUUUUUAUACGAAUACCACUGUACAGUUGUUUUGAAAUGAAAUAAGUCACAAUCGUAUAUCUGUUUUUUGGGGGGCAGGGGGUUCUAACACGAUGCCUGUUUUAAAAAGGGAAGAAGAGAAAAAAAUGUCUAACAAAACGCAAUAGUUUUUAAUAUGAAAAUAUUUAUUUUUACACUUUUUUUCUUCCUUUGCUUACACCUUCGGAAUUGCGUCUAUGGAGGGAUUACCAGUUGGCAAGUUGCACACAUUUCAGAAUACAUUCACGUUACACAAUGUUUGUAGUAAACUCAUCAAUAUGUCAGUCAGAAGAGCUAUUAAAACCAGCUGGUUGACCUUCCAGUCUUGUUACCACAGACUUUAAUGUCUAACAGCCACUUAAAGGUCACACAGUGGACAACUGUAUCGUGGUUUUCUUUUUAAUGAAUGUUAAAUGUUAAGGUCUUAUGUACCCUAUCCCACAAUGGUAGGAACUUUUAGGGAUAAAAUUACAAGCAUCCAGUAUAUCAGCGUUGUAAAACAAAGACUGGGUCUAUUCUAUGCAACCAAACAAGGAAUGCAGCUUGUUCUGUAGGACUAACCUUGCACCUAAAAGCCACUCUUGAAGAAUGUGAUAUUAAGGCCUAGAGACGAAGUUGUUGACAGACCAAAGCGAAAUGGAUGACUUGCAUGUCAGAGCGCCCUCCAGUGUCCUGCAUAAGUAGUACAAGAGACUGAUUGACUGGUGGAACGGUAGAAUAUCUUUCCUUUUGAGACUUUUUUUUUUUUAGUUUUCCAAAGAAAAGUCUUUGCAGUGCCUAUCCUAGUUCUGGCAGCGGUCUCAGGGACACUCAGCCGUAGCCCCUAGGUGUUUCUCCCUCUGUACAAAUGAGCUCUGUGCUUCGAGUAUUUUUCUUCUAUUUCUGAGACUGUUUCAAUGUUUAAUGCAAAGGAUAAAAUGGAUAUAAUGUAACACACACACACACACGCACACUUGGAUGUACCACACACACACACACACACACACACUUGGCACAAUAUUUGUUUAUACUGUAUAAAUGCAAUUCCUGUCAAUGUGAUUAACUGCUGUCAGGAGAAUAAUCACUGUGAUUUACAUUCAGAAUCCGUACAUGUUUCCUGGGCAUAACUAACCAAUAUGAAUAACCGAAGAACAGUUGUGCUGAAAUGCGCUGUGUUGAUGAGCUUGGGUGUUUCUGUUUCUAUGUAAUCUAAUGUUGGUGGUGCUAUACACACCUCAAAGCCAUCCCACUGUAUCUAUGUAUGGCUCUUUUUUUUUUUUUUGGUAUUUUUAAUGUUCCUCAUGGGUUUUUUAAUGCAGUUGGUGCUCAUGUUUGGAGCUGUGACUUUCUUGGUGUUUUCAUAACGGAUCAUUUCAAGCGGGUGAUAAGGGUGCACUUUAAUGUAAAUAGCUUUUGACUCUGGCCCUGAGAUCCAGCCAAUGUAUUGUCCUGGAUUAUUAAUUUAUUGUUAAUGUUUCACUGCCACCCUUAAACGUGCUUGGUUUGCUGGAUCUUUGAUAUGUGUGCUUAUUUAUUUGCAGCUCUCAAAGAAAAAAAAAGUCUGUGACUUCAGUGAUCUUAAAUGGUUUUUGUAAUUUGUUUUUGGAGGGCAUUAUGCUAUCAUUCAUUCAUUCAUGUUCUCGAUCACUAUUAAUAAUUUUUUUUAAAUAUAAAAGUAAUAUGAGAUGU